AUGGCUAAAACUUAUAGAAAAGAAGAUUUUGAAUUUAUUAUGUCAAAGGUUGCUAAGGUUGAUAAAAGAGUUAAAGAAUAUCUUGAGGAUGUUGGGUAUGAAAAAUGGUCUCGAUGUCACUCGCCUAAUUGUAAGAACAACGAAAUUGCAUCUUACACAAAUACAACUCUUGGAAGAAGAUUUGAAGAAAUACUGAUUCUUAAUAGGGUUAAAGCUUUGCGGAUGAUGGUUAAGCCAGCAGGUAGUUAUCUUUAUUGUGUAUAUGAUUCAGGAUGGAGGUACAUUGUCGAUAUUGAGCGUGGCACGUGUAAUUGUGGCCGAUAUCAAAUUGAUGAAAUACCUUGUCCACAUCGAAUUGUCAUAUUAAAAAGUAUAACUCUAGAUGUAAAGGAAUAUGGUCGUUAUUGCUCUGAAUUAUACAGGCCAAACACCAUAGUGAAGACAUAUGAACUCCCGAUAGUUUCAAUGCCAGACAAGAAGGAUUCGAAUGUUCCAUUUUUUGUUGAUGAUGAAGAAGUUUUGCCGUCCAAAUAUAGAAGACCGCCUGGUAGGCCAAAAAAGGAAGGCAUUUGA